AUGACGGGCAACCGAACCUAUGUCGAGGGGCAAGAGGGUACCUAUUAUUGCCGUCCCACAAACUGGCUGGAUGUGUGCAAGUUCUUUCUUUUCAACUAUGCGCUCCAUGCCUUUACCAUCAUCAAUGCUCCCGGCUCAGGAAUCGUGACGAGCUUAUUUCACAGCGUUUUGUCAAUCCUUUUACCAUUCCCGGGAGUCUUUUUCGCCCUAUUUAUCAUCUGUGAAAAUACACGGAGGCCUCGGAAUGACUUCGAGAGCGCUUUGAGGGCAACAGCGUUGUGUAUGGUAGUGCCAAAGCGUGAGGAGUUCCGGUGUGGCGAUCCAAUAUCGCCGGCGAUGACAGAUGUCCAUGGGAGCCAUCCAGCUCCCUCCUCCUCCUCGUCCUCUCAAACCACGGCUGAGAAUGCAGAGGAGACCCCGCACGCAUAUGAGCUGAUUUGUUACGGCUCCUACGAGCUGUAUGACGCGUACAAAGGGAAGCUGGAAAAGCUGGGUUAUGCGUCGUAUGCGCUGACAGUUAUCCCCUACAUCAUGAUGUCCUUUUUAAAUCUCUGUGCUUCACUUUGUCAGCCGGGAUACAGUGCAAUGUAUCUCGUCCACUAUCGCGGUGAGAUGGAUUACGAACCUCCUCGGCGCUGCAAGAAGCAGUCGACGAUAUUUUCAGCCAAUUCGGAGCCAAAGGGUAGUGGAUACUAUUCCGAGCUGGAAGACGUGGAGGAGGCAUCCACGGAUCGAGAACACGGUGAAGAGCGGGAUCAGUGGAUGGUUGAUGCAGAAUCUAAGACGGCUGGCGCAGUUGGCCUGGCUUAUUCCUUGACUAAGAAGGGUAUACGUUCACACGCAGAUUAUCAUCAGACUCAAAGCAUCAUCAAGUUAUCGUUGAUAGGGAUUGCAUUGGCUUUAUGCUACAUAUUGCCCUACCUCUUAAUCUUCGCCCUGACCGGCUUUCGCGGCGGGCAAAGUACCAUCGUAGAGCGCAUCUUCACAAUCGGCCCUCUCCUCUUUGGGCAAUUUGUUUUCCGCUUCAAAAAGCCGAACGUUCGGGCAUUCAGCCGUAGAGGGCGUAAGCUAUACGAGCGGCCGAUGAUAAAAUACAAUAUUCCAUGGCCUAUUAGCUCCAUGUGUGGGAAGACUGGAAGUCUCGCAUUUUUUAAUCCUUUGAGGAGUCCCUCCGCGGCCGACAUGGAGUAUAUAAGGAACAGUGGGUGGUUCAGCGUCUCAGUGUUUGUGUUUACUACCCUUUGGCAAAUAGCACCCGCGUUGGGGGGGUUUGUGGUGGUCGCGCAGAUGAUACUGAAGGAUCAGAUUUGUGUCAAGCUGUAG